AAUCAAAUGUCCCCCGAUCUUUCUUCCAAGCACAUUUCUACUUGCUUGAGUAUUCCGUCACCAAGGAUCUACCGUAAGCACCAGCUCACGCCUGAUUAGUUUGGAGCCAACGUGAGCAGCAAAUCGGAUAUGCACGAUGGCUGAGCAUCUGCAGGAUGAGGCGCCAACAGGGGCUCCCAAUAUCCUGGGUCUGUCUUUUCCUAGUCGACAUGCAUAUCAACGGAUGAAAUCGUGUGAUGAUGGAGGAGAACUUAGUUUGACUGAUUUCAACUCUUCUCCUCAUCCAACUGAAAUCAACGGAGGAGCUACGCAUCGUUCAACAGAAAUGGAUGCCGAUCGAGCUGUCUCUCCAACCACGGUCGGCUCCCAGCAGGACGUAAGCGUCGACGACAGAGCGGUUUCGCCAGUGACCAUUGCUGAACAGGGAGAAGAGCCCCCUCGGACUCCUGGAAUCUUGGUGUCGCCAGCGCUUCCUCAAGAACAAUCACCAGAAAUUGUGUCAGCCCCAGUGCCUGCGAUACGGAAAGCCUCCAGGAAGUCCAGGUUCACAGAGAUACUUAGAAGGUCUUUCUCGUCAUCUUGGGACAAGUCAACCGCGUUUGAAGCAACUAGAGAUGUACCGGGAUCCGGUGUCUCUUAUCCGCUUGGUUCUCCGGGAACUCCACAAGACCUAACCCAUCUGCACCCGAUCACCGAGUACAGCAAUGAGGAAACUAGAGACGAUGCCGACCGGUCUUCUCUGAAAUAUAACCAGCCUCCCAUGGACUGCCACUCGAGAAGAGACGUUCGCGUACGCCGUUCGAGCUGGCUAUACAUCAUGUUAAUGAUACUCUCGGUGUACUCGACACUUCUCAGUGGGUUAUGGUUCAUUGUAUCAAUCUACCAGCCACGCUAUGGACUGGGCAUCUCAUCGAGCAGCAGCCAUCACGCCAUCGUACCGUCCACAGCAUCACUGGUAACCGCGCUCUUCGCUAAGACUACAGAACUAUCUUUCGUGACUGUUUUUGUCGCAUUUGUGGGACAGGUGCUGACCAGGAGGGCGUUCGUAAAAGGAUCUCAGGGUAUGACUCUUGCAGAGAUGACGAUGCGGAACUGGGUUAUCCAGCCAGGCUCUCUAUUUACGCUUUGGGACAGCAUUCCGUAUGCUGGCGGAACAUUUCUGGGUUUCUUGACCUUGCUAGCCACCAUCAGUGGCAUCUUUUAUACAACGGCAUCCGAUGCCAUGGUCACGCCAAAACUGAUAUUUGGCAACUGGGAACACCAGGAACUUCAGGGACUAGUAAGGGCAUCCUACGGGAAUCCAUACUUCGUAAGAGAUACCUGCACGACGCCUAUCAACAAGACAAUCGACGAAUGGAAUUCCGCGCCGUCAUGCCUCGAUGUAUACUACUCGGGCCAGUCUUAUCGGAAUCUGCUGGCUUUCAUGGGUUCCUGGCAAACACUCGAUCAGAAUGACACAGUCUUGCAAUCAACGACAGAUAUCCAGGCAAGACCGGCUGGGACUGCACUAUUAUAUGAUAACACCACGCUUUACUCCACGUGGGUGGAUGCCGAGUUUAGCGAUCCAGCAAAGCAAUUCGAAACUAGUAAAAGAAUCAUCAAUAAUGUCACGCUAUCCAUGCCGCAUCCUGGAGUCUACGCUGCAGCAACCGACCCAGUCAAUGGCAUCCUGCAGCCAAAUGAUCUUUCAGGUGUUGGUGAAUACCAGAUUCGAGCCAGCGUUGCAUCACCCACGGUAAACGUGAUGUGCGUCAACAUCGCCAAGUCUGACUUGGCGCCGCUGAUCUACACGGAAUGGCCUGAUGCGAAGAACAACCGGACUGACGUGCCUGACCAAGUGAUUGGCAAUAAGAACUGGCAAAACGACGUACCAGUUUUCAGCGACAAUGAAUGGCUCAAUAAGACAUUAGUAGAUGAUGUCUUUCAGUGGGGCGAAAAAUAUGGCCGCCGUCCACCAGUCUUCCAGCUAUAUCCGCUGGACUACAACAUGAUCACCAAUACAAGCGUCUACAUGUCUGACUCGCUAUACUUGCUUGCCAAAUCAGGACUAAUCGAAGAUUAUACUCUAUGCCAGCUCCGUUCCUGGCUGUCGCCGGAAUGCUCGACACAAUUCAAUAUAUCUGGGAUCUCGGGUGCACAGAUGCACGCUCGCUGCCAGGAUCCUACCGACGAGAAUUCUUACUCACAUUCCACACCAGGGCUUCCUGAAACCCCAUCCGUAGAUUGGAAGAACAUGGCGGAUCAGUGGCGUCUAAGCAUGGAUCUGAAUGGCGGCAUCACCAACAACAAUGCUUCAAACGCCCGUAUCAUGACCAACCUCAUUCUCGACUCGGCACAACUUCAGCCACUGCUACCGUCAAUGGCCGAGGCCCUGGCCGUACUCGCCUCCUCAACUCUCAUCAUUGGCUCAAUUGGGACUUCUUAUAGGCAAUACUGGGACGCCUCGUAUCCUUCGCAGAAUAUGGACGUUGGAGUGUAUGAGUCAUUCAACUCCACCCUUAAGACGCAACAGUACGCGUCUUCGCAUGUCGAAGAUUGGCAAGCCAUCUUCUACCCUGUACUUGGGUUGGUAUUCCUCAUCAAUGUGGUGUGUCUUCUGUACCUCACUUUCGCACAUGGCAUGGUGACCGACUACACGGAGCCGCGGAACAUGUUCGCCCUAGCCGUCAACUCGCCGCCGUCGAGACAGCUCGAAGGAAGCUGUGGCGGCGGACCAAGGGCGAGGGAGUUGGUCGUUCCCUGGCGUGUGCAUUAUCAAGAAAAUGCAAACCACUAUUUCUUCGAAGAGGGAAGCGACAAGCCGUUGAGAGGCAAGUGGAGGAAUUCGACUGUGGGUAGUACAACAGGCACAAGACUCCUGUCAGAUGAUGGACCGGAAGGGGGACGAUAUCGGAAAAGCUAUAACAGGUUAAGUUCUAGCCGAACUUGGCUAUAA